UCCCGCCCCGCCAUGGCCGCUCUCGGCGCGGGGCUGCGGCGGCGCCGUUGGGGGGGCAGCGCGGAGCCCCCGCCGCGGGCCGGGCCGGGGGGCGGUGGCGGCGGGCAGGGGGGGACCCUGCCCACGGGCACCUUCUGGCUGACCCGCAUCGUGCUGCUGCGAGCCACAGCCCUGCUGUACUUUGUGGCCUUCCUGGUGGCGUAUCAUCAAAACAAGCAGCUGAUUGGAGAGAAGGGGCUGCUCCCUUGUAAACUGUACCUGCAGAAUGUCAAGAGGUAUUUCAAAGGGAAGAUAAACCUGGAUGCUCUGAGCUAUGCACCAACAAUCAUCUGGUUUCUGGACUGGUCAGACAUGGACACCACCUUGGACUAUCUCUCCCUGUUUGGCCUGGCAACUUCAGCUUUUGUGUUGAUAACUGGAUGCGCAAACAUGGUCCUCAUGGCUGUCCUGUGGGUCCUCUACCUCUCGUUGGUCAACGUCGGCCAGAUCUGGUAUUCCUUUGGAUGGGAAUCACAGCUCCUGGAAACAGGGUUCCUGGGGAUCUUCCUCUGCCCGCUCUGGACCCUCUCCCGCCUGCCGCAACACUGUCCUCCUUCCAACAUCGUCAUCUGGGGCUUUCGGUGGCUGAUUUUCAGGAUCAUGCUCGGAGCGGGGCUGAUUAAAAUCCGAGGAGAUCGCUGCUGGAGAGAGCUAACCUGCAUGGAUUACCACUACGAGACACAGCCCGUGCCCAACCCCAUCGCCUACUUCAUGCAUCGCUCACCAUGGUGGUUCCAUCAGUUCGAGACCCUGGUCAAUCACUUCAUUGAGCUGGUGGUGCCGUUCUUUCUCUUCCUGGGGCGGCGGAUGUGCAUCAUACAUGGCCUUUUGCAGAUCCUCUUCCAGGUGCUUCUGAUCAUCAGUGGGAACCUGAGUUUCCUCAACUGGCUGACCAUCGUGCCCAGCAUCGCCUGCUUUGAUGACAUCAGCCUGGGCUUCCUCUUCAGCUCCAGGCCAGGAGGUGUGAAAGAACGGUUGGCACGGAUGCAGCUCAAAGAGGCAGCCAAGGAGAAGCUGCCCCUGGGUUGCUACAUCCGCAAAGUGGUGAACAUCUCCUUUGGCCUCCUGAUUGCCUAUCUCAGCAUCCCGGUUGUCCUAAACCUGCUCAGCUCGAGACAAGUCAUGAACACCUCAUUCACUCCUCUCAGAAUAGUGAACACCUAUGGAGCUUUCGGGAGCAUUACCAAGGAGAGAACAGAAGUCAUCCUUCAGGGGACUUCCAGCCUGGAUCCCAACGACCCCACUGCUAUCUGGGAGGAGUAUGACUUCAAAUGCAAGCCUGGAGACCUGAAGAGGAGGCCUUGCUUUAUAACCCCCUACCACUACCGCCUGGACUGGCUCAUGUGGUUUGCCGCCUUCCAGACCUACGAGCAGAAUGAAUGGAUAAUCCACUUGGCUGGGAAGCUGCUGGCCCAGGAAGAGGAGGCCUUGUCCUUGAUGGCCACCAACCCGUUUGCGGGCAAAACACCUCCACGGUGGAUCCGAGGAGAACACUUCAAGUACAAAUUCAGCCAACCCAGGGGAAAGCACGCCAGUGAGGGCAAGUGGUGGAUUCGGAAGAGAAUUGGCCCUUACUUCCCUCCUGUCAACCUCCGGGGCCUGAAGAAGUUUUAUGAAGACAGGAAUUGGCCCUACCCGGUGCGGGACUGAUGGAGGAAGACAAACAAGGUCAAGAGGGACUGGCUGGGGAAGAGGGGAAGCACUCAGCUCCCCUACAAACUACAUUUUUUCUCUCUCUCUGUAUUUUUUAUUCCUAUCCUUAUUUACACACACUUUAUAGAAAGUUCCCAGCCAACCUGUCCACCUGCUGUUGUGAUCUUGUUUUCCUUAUCUUUCUGUUUCUUCUGUCCAUCCCUUUCACCACAGACAUACUUGAUGAUUGGCUUCUCUGUUUGGAAAUUGUCAGCUCUAGAAUUUGGCCAAAAGAUGAACAAAUACUGCACUUAGUUUUGGGUAGGUGUGAGUGUUGCUUUCCCCAAUCUCUUACUUUGUGUGACAGCUGCAGAGGCAUGAGGGAAGAUUUUGAGGUGGUCUCCUGUAUCAACCAGUGCCGUCCAGUGCCCACAGGUUCUCUGGAGUCUGGCAUCGAGCAGAGCAGCUGGGUUCUGCUCUGCUGCUGGCUCAUGUGGAGGUGAUGCUGGCUUGACAUGGGGCACUGCUUCUCCAUCCCAUCCCAUUCCAUCUCAUCCCAUCCCAUCCCAUCCCCGAGGUCGCUGCCAACGUUACACCAGCCCCAACCAACUCACCGAGCCAUCAAAGCUACUUUAUUCCCAACAUAGCUGUCCCCACGCUGCUCUCAUUGUCACCCUGGGAAGGGCUCGGUCACCUCCUUCUCUCCGCAGGUCAGUCAUCACGCUGAGCUACAUCUCCUGCGCGCUGGGCAUGGUCCAGCUGUCCCAGAGUUCAUCCCUCGGCAGCACAGCAGCAUCCCAGGGUGGGGAAAACACCUUUUCCUGUCCAUCCUUUGUGCUUUGGAGUCUUCCCUCAUCUUGGUCUGUGUUUAAAAUCACCCCAAAUUGUCCCACCGUGUGGGUUAUGCUUGAUGAGACUAAAUCACAGCAAUGGGAGGGAAAUGCGACCAAGCGGAACGUGGAUGGCGUCUGAAACAGCCAGCGACUGGCUGGGGUAGUUUAUAAUAAUCGACCGCUUGUUAGCACAUUCUGCUACACACGUUUCUUGCAGGGAAGAAAAAAGAUCAAAGCAACCUUUGUAAAGCAUACAAAACCUUGUUGUAACGGGCUUGCCUGCAAAAAGCCACAGGUUUGCUGAGAAACCCGAAAUAACUCCUUGCUGGAGCUGCCGUGUGGGCUCUGUGACUCAGCCCUGAGGACAAGCGCAGCCCUGUGCGGCCACCCCGUCCCGUGUCCUAUCGCUGCCGAUGCUCGUGGGGCAGCAGCAGCCGGGUUGGAAAGGCGGCUGGAGUCCACAAGUCUGCCGCCAGCCCCACCACGGUUAAACAGGUCUUGUUUGCACGGGCCCUGGCCUGGCAGCGCAGACACACGGGGCUGCGCCUUCCUGUUUGCUUAACCUGGGAAUUUUAUAACUGGUGCUUUUUGUCGGUGGCCCCGGGGGCUGAAAUCCGCCUGUUUGGGGAGCUGGCAGAGUUUGGUGCCGGAGGUGUCUGACCACCCUGUGGUCAGGAGGAGCUGAGCAUCCCGCAGGCACGGUCCAGCACCGCCGGGAGCGGGCAGGGAGAGGCACAGAAAGGAGUUUGCCAAGCUUUUCCCUCUGGGUUCUUGCAGUGGCAUUCCCUUGCCUCCCUGGAGAGGAAUUCCAGUGGCUUGAACGCUUAGAAUAAUGCAAAGUAAAUUCAUCCCAAGACAUAAGUGAAGAGAGAAGCAUUGGGCUGUGAAGCAGCUCUGUGCUUGGGGCAAGAACCAUUUUCCCCGUGGCCACCAACCUGGUGGGGACCGAUGGGCACCCUGGAGGCAGGGGCAGUGUCUGUGUCCUUGCUCCCAUCCCUGGGUUCGUCUGGCUGAGCCCGUUGCCUCCCGCACAGAUCUGCCAAAAGCAGUGAAUGUGAUUUGGAAAGAAAAACGGCUCCAAGCAGGGAAAAGCAAACCCAGGAGGCAACUGGUGCCGGCAUGGGGCAGCGCGGGCUGUGGAUGUGGGCACUGAAAUGCCGUUGUACACAUUUCUUUUCCCCUCUUUGACUGCGUGUACCAAACAGGCACCACUGAAAGUGUGUUUCUGGAAGGGGAUUAAAGCAAACGACUCCUGCAGGACCAAAGGGGGCUUCACUCCUUUUCUAGUUUUUCUAAGAGUGUUAAAAAGGGCAAACAGCAGCAGCCCUGGCAGGGCAGCCCCAGGCCCCAGCGCCUGCCCUGCUGUGCUCAGCGGGGACACAGCGGCCCCCACGGGGCCACGGUGAUGGACAACGAAUAAGGUGAGUCCCGGGUGUCACAGCACUUAUUCACAUUUCAGGAAGUGCCUGUUGUCGUGUCCAGGUGUCUGAUCACCAUCCCAGGGCUGCAAGAGCACAGCUCGCCCUUCCUUUCUCCAGAGCAUUUGAGGGUCCUUUUGCACGGGGCUCCCUCUGUGUUUGUGGUUGUUUUUCCUGCCCAGCUUCUCCAUCUCUGGUGGAUCCAGCUCGGGAUGGCUGGAGGGAGGAGGAGGACCCUCUACUGGCCUCCUGCCAGGGAGCUGGGAGGGUCUGAGGUCCUGUGGGAUCAGCGGGGCAGAUUCUGUGGGGUCCCGGGAGGUGCUCAGCUUUUCCAGCGAUGUGCCAGCAGGCAGGGAGCAAUGACUGGCAGUCAGCACCCGGCAAAGCGGUGACAGUGGCAAAGAUCCAGAGCUCAUGCCUCAGAGCUGCCACGUUUCUGCAAGACAUUAACACUCUUGGCUGGAGACCGGGAAAGUCCUAUAUGUUACCAGGUUGUGUUCAAACCAAGACAAAUAGUUUAAUUGCAGGGCUUGGAGCAACAUAUAGGGCUCCAAAUUGUAAAUAAUAUUUAUGACUCAAUUGUGUUUUCCUAAAUAUUUGCCGUCUUUGAAAACUGAUGCCCUUCUGUGAACAAUGGAAGGACAUUUUGUACUGAUUACCAUACGGAAGGCGAAGGGCGAACACGAUGAUCCUGCAUCUCACUCCCAUUAUCAUCCUUCCUGGCUUGGCCAACUCACUGAGG